CGAACGUCACCUUUUUUCAAUGGGAAGCCAUGAUGGAAGUUUGAGAGUUUAACAGAGGAGAAGUGAAGGAAAAGGACUCGACUUGAUACCGCUCCUACGCGACAUUUAAAUAUCGACUUUUUAAUUUCUUGGUGGAGGCUGUCACCUUUCAUUUCAUGUGUUGGAACCUGGGCAUCGCGGAUUGUUGCAAUGUUCGAUGGCUUUUAUUUUUUUAAGGAUGGGUAGACGAGCUAGCGCGCUAGCCGUUGAAGCUAGCGGCUAGAGUAGACGGAGCGCGAGCUGAGCGCGAGCGGGGCUUUGACAACCGUUCUUGAAGUGGAAGCUCACGGAGAGAACCCUCUCUCCGCCUUUCCGUUUAAUCACGGCGGCUACGGUGCGAACAGAGACUUGUCGUGCACUAGAGAUUCUGCAGUUUGAGACGUGGGACGUCGCUUAUCUUUUCACCCGGGGCUCGUCUGAGCUGAGGAGGGCAUUUUGGAAGCCGGGCCUGUGGUGGUUUGGAGCGAGGCCCUUGAUGAGAGAUCCACAGCAGACUGCUUUCUAGCUAGCAGGGGGACUGCGAAACGAGCAGAGCAUUAAGUUGACCGAUCGUCCGAAAGCAACAAUACUCUCACUCACACUAAAAACCUUAAAGACUCCUGUCACAGCCAUGGCUGCGAUCAUAAAGGAAUUUGUCAGUCGAAACAAAUAUAGAUACCAGGAAGAUGGAUUCGACUUGGACUUGACCUAUAUUUAUCCUAACAUUAUAGCAAUGGGCUUUCCUGCUGAAAGACUUGAGGGUGUCUACAGAAACAACAUAGAUGAUGUAGUCCGAUUCCUGGAUUCAAAGCAUAAAAAUCAUUACAAGAUAUAUAAUCUAUGUGCGGAAAGACAUUAUGAUACUGCCAAAUUUAACUGCAGAGUUGCACAGUACCCGUUUGAGGAUCACAAUCCUCCUCAGCUAGAACUCAUUAAACCUUUCUGUGAAGAUCUGGAUAAGUGGCUCAGUGAAAAUGACAAUCAUGUGGCUGCCAUUCACUGCAAAGCUGGAAAGGGACGUACGGGUGUCAUGAUAUGUGCGUACUUGUUACACCGAGGCAAAUUCAAAAAAGCACAAGAGGCUCUGGACUUCUAUGGUGAAGUUAGAACCAGAGACAAGAAGGGAGUGACUAUUCCCAGUCAGAGGCGAUAUGUGUACUACUAUAGCUACCUUCUGAAGAAUAAGCUGGAGUACAAACCAGUGGCCUUGCUGUUUCACAAGAUGGUGUUUGAGACAGUGCCUAUGUUCAGUGGAGGGACCUGCAGGGAUUCUGCUGUAAAAAGCAAGAGUGAGCAGAUUCCGCAUGGGUUCAGAAAAACCAAUUGGCAUUGGGAUCCUCAAUUUGUGGUGUACCAGCUGAAGGUGAAAAUCCACACUUCUAACCCAGCGCACACAAGGCGAGAGGAGAAGUACAUGUACUUUGAUUUUCCGCAACCGCUGCCUGUGUGUGGAGACAUCAAGGUGGAGUUCUUCCACAAGCAGAACAAGAUGAUGAAAAAGGAUAAGAUGUUUCACUUCUGGGUGAACACCUUCUUCAUCCCUGGACCAGAGGAGAACUCGGAGAAGGUUGAAAACGGAGGUUUAGUGAAGGAACUGGAUGGGAUCCAAACCACGGAACGGGGAGAGAACGACAAGGAUUAUCUAAUCCUGACUUUAACCAAGAACAACUUGGAUAAAGCCAAUAAGGAUAAAGCCAACAGAUAUUUCUCUCCAAACUUCAAGGUGAAGCUGUACUUCACAAAACCAGUGGAGGAACCAUCCAACUCGGAGGCCAGCACUUCUACAUCUGUAACACCGGAUGUUAGCGAUAAUGAACCGGACCAUUACCGGUAUUCGGACACAACAGACUCGGACCCUGAAAAUGAACAGUAUGAUGAAGAACAGAUUACUAAAGUUUGAAAUAUUUUUAUGGGAAGAAAAAAGAAACCAUACGUAAUAGAGUUGUAUAAAGGAGAAAACUUGAAUAUGAACUGAAAGCAAGUACUUUUUUCCACCCCCC